CUGUUUGUUUCAACGUGGCUUUUUUUUAUUUUUCAACGACAAAAUUUUUUUAUAUUACAAAUUGAACAAAAUUUUUUGCGGUAUUACAAUUUUUUCCUUAUGCCCAAGUACUGGUCCAUAUUGAUUGUUUCAUUACAGAAUUAUUGGCGACAUCGUUUAUUCAGUAGAACAAAUCGUCUUGCAUUGCCAUCACCAUCAUCAUCAUCAUCGAAAACAAAGCCCGAAAUGUCACAUGAUUUAAUCCGACAGCUUCAAGCCAAUCACGAAGUAUUGGUAUCGAAAAUUGCUCAUAUUGAAUCAACAUUGAAGGAUAAGAAUCUAAAUGUAACAAAUAAUAAUCAAAAUGAUGGUGGUAAUGUAGAUAAUCGAAAUGAUAUUGAAACUGAACAGCAAAAAUUGAUAGCUGAAAAUCAAAGUCUUCGAAAUGAAAUUCAACGUAUUACACAGCGAUUAACCGAUUUGGAAAUUCAAAUCAAAGGCAGUCCAAGUGUUUUGUCGAUGGACAUAUUGAAAAAUGUUGUGAACAAGUUAUCAGAUCAAAUGCCAGACUCUUCAUCAACUCAAGUACAACAAUCCCAGUCAGAGGCCAAAAAAGUUGCCGUUGAAUCCAAACAAAAAACGGAAAAACAAAAGAAAACUGAGACAAAACAAGCCAAAUCUGAUACUAAGCCUAAAGGUGGUAAAGGAAAUAAAGCAGCGACUACUACCGAACCGGAAUCCGAAAGACUGAUCGAUGUUAGCCGUUUGGAUUUACGUGUUGGAAAAAUAAUCGAUGUAAAAAAACAUCCAGAUGCUGAUACACUUUAUGUGGAACAAAUUGAAUGUGGCGAAGACAAACCACGAACUGUUGUAUCGGGUUUGGUUAAAUUUGUUCCCGUGGAAGAGAUGCAAAAUCGUAUGGUUGUCGUUCUUUGUAAUUUAAAACCGGCUAAAAUGCGUGGCAUUGUUUCCGAAGCUAUGGUCAUGUGUGCAUCAACACCGGAAAAAGUUGAAGUAUUGUUGCCACCAGAAGGUUCCAUACCUGGUGAUCGUGUUACAUUUGCUAAAUAUCCUGGCCAACCGGAUCAACUAUUGAAUCCAAAGAAAAAAAUCUGGGAACAGAUUGCCCCAGAUCUAACAACCAAUGAUAAUUUAGAAGCCACAUAUAAAGGCGAUACAUUUAUUGUUCCAGAAAAAGGUCCUGUUAAAUCGAUCACAUUAAAAAAUGUUCCGGUCAAAUAGAUUGUUUAUUUUCAUUCGAAUUUCUAAAUUAGUUUAUUUUAGAGAAUUUUUCUCUUUCAUUGAAUAAACAAUAAAUUUUUUCAAUUAUUUAAA